CUGACUUGGUUCCCCGGGCAGGAUCCGAACCUGCAUCUAUACUUGUCAGCCUCAACCCGGCCGAAUACGCGCUGACUUAUCGCAGCGCAGUGGAGAUAAGUCUAGUUAUUGCGACGUAACUGCCGUGUUGCGUUAAAGUCACGCACGGCGCAGGACGCUCGGGUACGUGCCUGCAUGGGGCCGGACCGAGCUGGGUCUUGUAGGCGUCAGGAGCACACGGCGCUUUAUCUGCCGUUGUGCUUCUGUACUGUAUUUUCGGAUCGUCCCUCUGCCGGGACGGUGACCUCAGUGUGUCGCAUUUCUGUUAAUCAGUGAACAUGACCGACCUUACCGAAGCUCAAAUGAAGCAUAUUGAACAGAUAAUGGCUGCGUAUCGCGAGAAAGCUGACGCAGACGCGGCCGCUAGCGCGAGCGCGCGCAAUGCGGAGACCGAGCUUAAGGUCACGAUCGCUUCCGCGCGCGCGGACGCCAGCGCCCUGCAACAGCUCAACGCCGAUUUUUCGUUCAGCGAGCGGCAGGUCGGCGUCCGCAGCUUCUUCCACUUUGCAAGGACGCUGCGCAUCGAGCUGGCGGUGGUGAUCGCCAUCAUGAAGCUCAACGACCCGGAGGCCAUGAAGACCUCUCCGGAGAUGGCGGCCAUCAUGGCGUCGCUGGAGCAGAUGCGGCGCAUGCUCGACCUGCGCCUGGCCGGCAUCCGUGCCGCCAUGCAGAACUUCAAUGGCAUGAAGCUGGAGGUCGCGGAGGCUUACUACCAGAUCCUGCUCCCCAAGACCCGUAAGCAGGAGGGCAAGUGGGCCACCGGGGAGAAGGAGUUUGGUGAGGUGCAUCAGGACGUGCUUGAGCAGGCGGUUAAGAGCGUGCGGCCGCCCCCCCCCCCUGCCUAGCGCCGGUGGCCGCGGCCCCUACGGCCGCGGCGCGGGCCUCGGCGGCGGCUUGGGCCGUGGGGGCGGCCGUGGGGGCGGCCGCGGGGGUGGCCGCGCCGGCGGCGAGGCCGCGGCGGCUGCCGCCGACAACUAGUUGCCUGCUAGCCUACUUGACUGCUUGCGGGGCGACCCUACGUGAUUGAUAGCGGGCCGACCUGUCUGUUAGGCUUGCUUGCGAGUUGCUGCUUGGAUGCGGGCCCGGACGUUGGUCCGGCGCCAUUGGUUGUGUACGGGUUUCAUACCCUACUAAUGUUUCGGAUGGGCCAUGUGCCCCAUGGACAAAUGGACAAUGGACGGGCCAAGUGCCCCUUGGAUGGGCCAAGUGCCCCACGGACGACGGCCA